UCGUCCUCACGAAGCAAAGUUUCUAUGAUACACCCAAAAUCAAGGCCUUGUCUGUUGUACGACCACACCCUUGCCCUCCAAUCACAAUGUCCAGCCAACCGAUCCCAAUCCUUGUCACUGGCAAGGGCGAGCCCGUUGGACGUGUUGUGAUAGACACCCUACAGCCCGAGUACGAAGUAAUCCACUUCACCCUAGCCAGCGCCGUCAAAGAAGAACUCCCCCUCCUCCUCACCAACAAACCCCCCGCCAACCCAAGCAGCACCCUCGGCACCGGCCACUGGUCCGCCGACCGCCCGCCCCAAGCCCUCCUCCUAGGCGGCGCCUACCAGGACGCCGACAUCGAGAGCCUGACGGCGUUGGUCGGCGCGACGGAAGGAGCCGUGCAGAUUCCUUGGCUGCGGGUUGAUACGCGCAACAAGGCGCCGCCUCUGCAGCAGCCUACCGAGGCGGAGCUGCGGGAGUAUGGGAUGGAUGUGGCAAGGAGGAUGAAGGAGAUGCUGGGGCAGCUUGGGGCUGAAGGGAAGCUUGGCCCAGGAAACGGCCGUGUUUAUUUGGUUUGAAGAUAAAUGGGGGUGACUGUCUUUUGGUGGUGGUGGACCUUGAGAGCCCAGUGCGGUUCUGGGAUGGGGGAUUCGUUUGUUAGUCGUAAUGAGUUGUAGUCUUGGAAGUCUAUGGAGCCCUCAUAGACUUGUUCAUCUGCGUGAAAUAUAGAGGC